CAGUGUCGGUGCGUCCGCCCGCGAUAGCAGUUGCAUCACAGGGUAGUUUGCCAAUCUUCUCCACUCGUGUCGACUUGGUCCGCUCGCUUUUGUGACGUGUUUCCUCCCUCAACAACAAACUCAUUCUUCACUUUCGGAUAUCUCUCACCCUUGCUGUUCACUUCAGGUCAAUGAGUAGUUGGAGGUGAGGCAUGAGCAAGUGAGAGACAGCUGUAGGCUCAGCAGCUGCAGCCACAACGAAUGUGUCGCAGUGCCGCUGGUGCAGUUGGUAGCAGACACCAGCAGCAACCGCAGCCGCAGUCGCAGCCGCAGUCGCAGCCGCAGUCGCAGCCACAGUCGCAGCCGCAGCCGCAGCCGCAGUCGCUUCACCAUAGACCAGUUGCCAACAAACGGAGCCUGGAGCUUUGCGCGGCACGCUACCACGAGUACUCCGCCCCUCUGGGAGUGCUGUACUGCAACUGGACGUGGGACCAGGUUCUGUGCUGGCCUCCAACCCGCGCCGGGACUACCGCCACGCAGCGCUGUCCACGUGACAAGGGCAUUGACCCCACCAAAUUUGCGACCAAGAAAUGUUCUGCAGAGGGACGGUGGGAGGGAAAGCAUCCAGGAGAGGAAGCGACAUCGCCGCAGGGAUGGACCAACUACACGCCCUGCUAUACGCCCGAGAUGCUCGAACUGUUCCGAAAGCUCUAUGUCGGAUCAGAAAAGGCUGCUAUGAAAAAACUUGAGAUAGCCGAAAGAACGCGCACAUUGGAAAUAGUCGGCUUCAGCAUAUCACUGGCAGCUCUUCUGAUUUCACUCGCCAUAUUCUGUCAUUUCAGGAGUCUGCGGAAUAAUCGAACAAGGAUCCAUAAGAAUCUGUUUGUGGCGAUGGUGAUUCAGGUGGUGAUCAGGCUGACUCUGUACAUCGACCAGGCGCUCGUCAAAGGCAACAGCCUAACCGGCCAGCGCGUCUCCUCUUCCUCUUCCUCGUCGGGCGGCUUCCGGCAGGGAAUCGAUAAUACGCCAGUUCUGUGUGAAGCGUCCUACGUGUUGCUGGAGUACGCCAGAACGGCAAUGUUCAUGUGGAUGUUUAUUGAGGGUCUCUACCUACACAACAUGGUGACAGUGACAGUGUUCCAAGAGAAGUCGUACUACGCGGCGUACACGAUGGUUGGGUGGGGGGUGCCGGUGCUCAUGACUGCCGCCUGGGCAAUGACCACCGCCUCCACUCUCGGGUCCACGCGCUGCUGGUGGGGAUACAACCUCAACAAGUUCUUCUGGAUACUCGAGGGGCCCAGGCUCAUAUUCAUACUGAUGAAUUUUCUGUUUCUCUUGAAUAUCAUCAGAGUGUUGGUUGUUAAACUUCGCCAAAGCCACACAAGUGAAAUCGAGCAAGUCAGGAAAGCAGUACGAGCUGCAGUUGUAUUACUGCCCUUACUGGGCAUCACAAACCUUGUGAAUAUGACAGAGGCCCCUCUCACCAGAGCAGUGUGGGAAUUUGGGCUCUGGUCAUACACAACUCACUUCCUCACUUCUUUCCAAGGCUUAUUCAUAGCGAUACUCUACUGCUUCCUCAAUGGAGAGGUGAGAAUGGCUGUGAGAAAGAGUGUGUCGACGUACCUGUCGCUGCGGCCACAGCACUUCACACCGCAGCGACGCAACUCUGCGUUUGUGUCGGCCAACAUGACAGAGCAAGUGGUGUCCACUCCGCCCCCCCGCCCUGCCACCUCCGCCCCCCGCAGCUGGUUCCGCUCCUGCUGCUCACACCCCUCGCAACCCACUCCCGAGUUAGACGCGAGUUUGACAUUCAAUGACAGUCAUUUGUGAUGACAGAGCCACUACGCCACCAAGCAGCCUUUCCACGACCAUCAGCGACUCAACCAGCGGCAGUAGCAGCAAUCGGUCUUCGGCAGUGAUCUCCAUCUCGAUCACCACUCCUUCUUCAGUCACCUAUCAUGCCGCUGACACCUCCAAUCAGCAAUGACAACGGCAGAAACCCCAUUCAAGGCCGGCUACGAUAAUACAUGGCUGAAAAGUUAAUAAUACUGCCAAUUUGGAGCAAAAAUAACGUCUCACCAGUUGACCAACAACACUACAGUAGUGUUGGAUUUGAAGUUUAUGCUCAUCAAUGAAGAAGAUUGGCUUUGGUAACACUGGAAUUGUCGGUUUCAACUGGUUGAUUCCCCAACAACGAAUUUUAAAAAAAUUGAAGUAGUAGGAUGUGCUCUUUUGUCUCUGUUAUACUCAAAAAUCUGUCAGAUCGGAUCAUAAACAACAAAACGAACUGCAUAGUUUAUUGUUAAUAUAGCUAAUGGAACUCUCGUAGAUAUUUUAAUAAUUGUGGUCAAGUUUUUAUUGACACUGGAAGUCCAAGGGCCGGUUUCCGAGCUCGAGAUUUAAAAUUUAAACAGCUGGAGUCAGUAAAAUUGGCUUUCCGAAACGGGGCGUAGUCGUAGUCACGUUUAUAUUAAAUUUCGAAAAACUAGAAAAUUUAACACAAAAUGAAAUACAGAGAAAAUAGAGUAACGUUUUAGCUAUUUUGUAUCAUUUAGAAAUGUUUAAUUUCGUCAAGGAAAAACGUUUCCAAUUUAUUAUAGAAAUGAGAAAAUUAAGAUUGUCACUAAAACUGCGACUACGCCCCGUUUCGGAAAGCCAAUUUUCUGACUCCAGCUGUUUAAAGUCUAGAACUUAGCUAAAUCCCGAACUCGGAAGCCGGCCCUAAGAGUUGAUCAUCAAUCAAAAGAGUCUGUUUUUAAAAGUGUUGUAAUAAAGGUGGAGCUUCACUACUUGGGCCCAAAUUGGUCACAUCAUAUAAUAUAAAUUAUAUGUCAAGAAAAAGUAUGUGGGUAGCUUUACCUUUAUCAAAAGAACUCUAUUAUUUUUAUGUUUUAAACAGACUUGAUGAAUUGUAAUGAAAUGGACAAUGAAAGUGAAUCACACCACAAUUUCAAUGAAUACGGUAUUGUGCUGUUAUUUUCCAUUGAAAUUUUUAUGACUAGGCUUAAUUAUUACAAAAUUCAUCGAACUAUGCGUAAAAAUAAUUUUAAUUAUUGUUUUUUCUUUUUCUGCUUCUCUCAACAAAACGUAAUUCUAUCAAGCAAAAUAGAUUGAGAAUAAAACUUGAACAUAUAAGCUACCGUAUGCUAUAUGUAGGCUAUAUAGAACUUCAAAGUUGAAAACUGCUGUUUUCUUAUUGAAAAAUCUAUGUAAAAUGUGACUUGUUUUGCACCGUAAACUAUGGUAAACUACAACAGUUCACUCACUUUUUGGGUUUUCUGUUUCUGGAUUGUUUUAACAAAAUAAUAAAGGAGCUAUAGGGUAGAAGAGCCUUUUCCUAACAGGCUGAGGAGUUUCAUCAGGCUGAGACUUAUUAGGUGGAAUGCAUUCCAAAAGAAAUAUCAAAAUUGAGUAAGAUGUCAGAAUAUUUUCAGUAAAGUGCAAGUCGUGAUAUUUUAUAGAAUGAGGUUCAUAAUAUUCAACUUGGGAUGUAAUUUGUUAAAGAAGGUUUUAAUUGGCGGUACUGAAUGAAAAGUGGCUAUUUCUGCACUGAUCAUGAAGAGUAAAAUACCAUUUUCUGCAAUAAAACUCAUAAGUUGUUUCUCUAAAUGAUUAAAAUAAUAUUAAGAUGAACCAAUUUUGGGUAACUUCUACUAUUAUGUGACAUUUUCACCAACUUCUGUGCGCUAACUGCGCACAGGAUUUAAACCUAUGCAAGUAUCAUAUUCCAUCAUAUUUAACAUAUAAUUAUUUAUUAUACAUAUACAUAGUGAUUAUUCCUGGCAGCAAUGUUACUUUCUUUUCAGUAACCUAUAAUAUCCUACCUACAUUUAACAUCAACUUGUAAUAUGCAUGCUAAUGCAAUAAGUAAGUUACCUCUUUGUUUUUCUAUUUCUUUGUAAUGUUUUUUUGAAAUAAAUUUCAUUUCAUUUCACUUCUAGACGAUGAACUAUCGGUUAUAAGUUUCUUUUACAUCCGUACACAUCAAGAUUAUAUUUUGAUAGCUUAUUCUUAUUAAAAGAUAGAAAAUUCUACAGUUUCUAUUCCCAAAUAAAAUUCCAUGCAUAGAUUUUUUAAACUUUUGGAGCUUUGAUCAUGAGAUUCGAUUCUUUUAUGGUCAGUUAAUUUAUUCAUAUAAAAUCAUAAUUACCCACUUUACAUAAGUUACCGGUGCCUACAUAUUUCAUUUAAUAUGUCAUCUCGAGAGAAACGGCAGAGUGAAAAAUUUCAUUCACAAUACUAAUUUACAGUUAUUUUAGCACUGCUUUUUUCACUUUCAUAAGAUACCGAAGAGAAGUUUGAAAUUUAUUAUCGAUCCGAUAUACUAAUAUAGAAAUAUUAUGCUUGUUGAAAUAGCAUAUAUAUAUUUAGGCCAUAAUUCUGGCUUUAGAAGUAUAAUUUUAUUAAAAAUGUUAUUGAUCCAUUAUGAAUAUAUUUUUAGUUAAUUGUAUCCUAAGCUUCAUACCGCACUUAAAAACAAAAUCUAAGAAGAAGAUUCAUUCAUGCCCUUUUAUUAAUUUGUUCGAUACCGUAGUUCGAUGAAUAAUGGACAAACUAGAAUAUCAUCAUCAUCUAGAUCAAGGAAUCUAGAAUACAAUGUAUUCUUAAUAAAAUCUAUUAUAGAUUCCUUGAUCUAGCUCAGUGAUUACAAAUAUUGAACUCAUCAAUUUGUUCGUUGCAUUUUGUUGAAUUUCAACAUAUUUUUGUAUAAUCUCGAAGUUGAUAGGCUAUAAGUUAAACCCACUAACUUACUCUUGACUCACAUCAUAAUUAUGUGAGUCAAGUAUUAAUAAAAUUAGAUUUACUUUUUGUAUUAACUACUGACUCUAGUUUUUAUUUCUAUAUUAUAAAUCCAUGAUCUUGGAAAUCGUUUAAUUAUAUUGUUGAAUUUAUUAUAUUAUAAUUAUUAAAUGCAAAAUAUGAGCUCAUAUGUGGGUAAUUCAAAAAUAAUUAAAUUUUUCAAUCAAUCUUAAGUUCAAGUUGACUAUUAUUCAAUAAUGCAAGUUCAAUAGUACUCUGAGAAAAUCAUAAGUUCCUAUCAAAAUUGAAAAGUAUUUAUAAUUUCCCACCUCACAAUUGUUUACUAGGUAUUCUUUUAUUUGAUCUUUAGGAGGUUUGUCACCAUGACUCUUCAUAUCUCACUAUUAAUCCAUUUCUAUUACAAAAUAAUGCCACUGCUAUCACCAAAGAACAAAGGCAGAAAUUUGAGCUAGGAACUAAGGACAUUGUUAGUUUUUGGUUCUGUAAUACAAAAUAUUUAAUGAAUUUAAUGAUCUGUGAUGUAGUAGGUACCCACCCUAUCAAUUUUUAUUCUGUAAUGAUUAAAACUAGUAUCAUAUUUUCUCUUUCAAUAGGUAGUAUUUUCAAGUUAUUAAUAUUUCAUUGGAGUUAGAGAGCUUACAGAGAACUUUUAAGAAGGGUAUGACGUCUCUUAAUAGUUUGAACUAUUAUUGAUGGUCUGGAAUUGAUAAUGAAUAUUUCUGUGCCGCACUUUAUUUUUAAUGUUCAAUGGAAAAAAUAUUUUUGAGAAAUAGUCUUGAAUGAUGUUUUCUUAAAAGAGUUGAAGAUACCUGAAAAGUAGAGGAAUAAUACAGUAAUGGAGAUUAAUUGAACUGUAUUCUAUUCUAGAUGAAAGAGUUGAAAUAUUUUUCAUUUAAGAUAUUUUUGAGUUAAAAUAUAUCGUAGCAAACAAGCAAUUCGCGAGCAUUGUACAAAAUUCUAGAUGAACUCGGGUCUAUAAUAUCAGAAUUUAUGAAAAAUGUAGGAGUAAAAUACGAUUAGGAAAAUACCGGUAAUAUUUAUAAUGUUUCUAUAAUAUUUUUUUUUUAUUUUGAGUAUUGCUCAGUUGAAGGCAAACAUUAUAAAUUCAAUAUAAUAGGAACAUUUUGAGAACUUGCUUGAUAUUUCCACUGAUUUUCUUGGACGAUGAAACGAAUGACUUCAACUAAUUAAAUGGCUCAAUGCCAAACAGCAAUGAAUCAAAAUUUUUAUUUUUUGUAGAAAAUCUUGCAAUUUAAUUAAGCUAGUACGGUAUCUAUUCUAUGACAAUAGAGAAUAGACCGUCUGCUUCAACGAUCAUUGAUAUUCAUAAUAGUCACAAUUUUGAAGCUUUUUCCAAAACCUGAUAGCACUUGUGAAAAUCUUUCAAAUAUUUUUCACAAUUUCGCAUUGGAUACUGGAAACUCUCUGAUAUUGAUUGAAUUUGAAUUACUGAGGUUAGAUUUGUGUCAGUCACCAAGUCAAUUUCUGAAUAGUUGCCUUUAUAGCGCAGCCAAUGCACUGCUUUAUUAUAAAUUAUUCAUAAGUGAAUAAUUAAUCUGAUACUCUAUCACCUUCAAUUCUUUUUAUAAAAAAAUUGUAAGAGGUGAGGUAACAUAGAAAUCAUAAAUUAACGUUUUACAUCAACAUAGCUAAAAGAUACUCUACAUUUGAAACUCAAUUGUGGGGUAGUAAUUUAUCAUAGUAUUCAGUUGUUAUAAAAACAAAAAGCUUACAGUGUAUCAUCACAGCUUAUCAUCAACAGCUUACAUCCUAUUUUUAUUAAGAAUAAUUAAUUAUAUUUUAUAAAAGAUUUUAUUUUUUCAUUUGCACUUUUUAAAAAUGCUGUAGAUUCUUAUGUGUAGAUUACACAUGUACCUAUUCAUCAAUUUUCAUGAGAACGGUUUUUAUACUUUACAGUACUGCAAGUUAUAUUUUUUUAUUUAUACUCUUUAUAAUAUAAUGUGUAUGAAGCUUUAGAAUAGAAUGCUCUACUAACCAGAUUGUGCAAUGCUACUAAAACGUUGUCAAUCCAAGUAUUUUCCUGAAAUUGAAGUGUAAAAAUUGACUAGUGAUAAGCUAUUAACCAUUUUUUAUAGUAUAGGCCUAAUAUCAAUUAAUCUUUAUUGUUUAUGGACUAAGAGUAUCCGAAACACUGUUUAGAAAAUUGUAAAUUUUACAAUAAUAUUGAUUUUUAUAUAGCUAUAAGAUAAUUUUAUUACAAAACUAUACUUUUAUUACAAAUAUUCACAGUAAUUGCAUACAAUUGUAUUGUGAUGAAAUAAAUGAUUUUUUCUAAAUA